AAUAGCCACAUCCAAAAACCCUUCCUUCUCGUUGCGAACUACGCUGCCGCUAUCAUCGAUAAGCGCCGGGAGUGUCCGGGGAAGGAAUUCCGAUCAUCGGAUGCUUGCUGUCUGUUGAUUCAUCGCCUGAUCGAUAUUUGAGGUCGUUCCUAGGUGUUUUACGGAACUCGAGGGAAAGAUGGGGGACUAUGGCGACGCCAUGAUGCGAAACCAGAAUGCCGCCGUCCAGGCUCGCACUAAGGCGCAGAAUCGUGCUAAUGUCAUGCAGCUGAAAUUGAUUGGUCAGAGUCAUCCAACUGGUUUGACUGCAAAUCUACUCAAAUUAUUUGAGCCCCGCCCGCCUCUGGAGUAUAAACCCCCUCCUGAAAAGAGGAAAUGCCCACCAUAUUCAGGAAUGGCGCAAUUUGUUAGCAAAUUUGCUGAGCCGGGUGAUCCUGAUUAUGCCCCUCCAGUCCAAAAGGGAGAGACACCAGCUGAAAGGAGAGCUAGGAUCCACCAAAUAAGGUUGGAGGAGGGGGCCAGAAAGGCGGCCGAGGAGCUUGAGAAAUAUGAUCCAAAUAAUGAUCCUAAUAUUUCUGGAGAUCCAUACAAAACUUUGUUUGUGGCUAGGCUCAAUUUCGAGACAUCUGAGAGCAGAAUCAAAAGGGAGUUUGAAGCUUAUGGUCCAAUCAAGAGGGUUCGCUUGGUUACAGACAAAACAUCAAAUAAGCCUAGAGGAUAUGCCUUUAUUGAAUAUGUGCAUACAAGAGACAUGAAAGCUGCAUAUAAACAAGCAGAUGGGAAAAAGAUUGAUGGUCGUAGGGUGCUUGUGGAUGUUGAACGUGGUAGAACUGUUCCAAACUGGCGUCCUCGUAGACUUGGUGGUGGACUUGGAACAACUCGUGUUGGUGGUGAAGAAGCUAAGGUUCUGGGGAGAGAUCAAGUGCAACCUGGAGGAGCAUCACGGUCAGAGGAACCAAGGGUUGAAAGAGACAGGGACAGGGAGAAAUCACGGGAACGGGGAAGGGAUAGGGACAGAGAGCGGGAAAAAUCUCGUGAGCUUUCAUAUGAUAGAUCAAAGGAUCGCGAUCAUAGAGAGGAUAGACAACACAGGGAUAGGGACAGGACUAGAGAGAGGGACCGUGAAAGAGACCGUGGUAGGGAUCGUGACAGAGACCGUGAAAGGGAUAGACCACGUGACCGUGAGCGCGGUCGAGAUCGAGGCCGCGACCAUGAGCGUGAUCGCGAACGCGACAGGGACAGAGAGCGUGGCGAUCGUCACCGUGACCGCGACAGGGAGAGAGACAAGGAUUACGACGUUGGUGACGAACGUGAUCGAGGGCGUUCGCGCGAUCGAGACUACGAUUAUGACCGUGGCGACGAGCGAGGUGAGAGAGAAAGGAAUUAUGGUGAAACAGAGGAUGCCCGCGGGUGGUUCGACCAUCCCGAGCAUCCGCACGGACGGCAAGAAACUGAGCACGACCGCAGCCACUAUGACUACUAUGGAAACCAGGGCAGGGGUCAGUACGACAAUCCAGAUGGCCAGGGCGACUAUGACAACGAUCGCUACGAUCGAAUGGAUGAGGAUGCUUAUGGUUAUGAUCGAGCUGCCGCCCCUGACCAACGCGAUAGGGAUUACCGUCGUUCAGACAGGUCUCUCUCCCGCGAGUAUGAAUAUUGAUUCUUUUCUGUCUGGAAAUGGAUCGGUCUACUUGCCGUCUAUCCUUCCCGUGGCGUUACUGCUAAUAUUGAUCAGGCAAGCUUGUCGUUACUGCUUUUCCAUGGAUAAGAUAUUCGCGCUUUUGGUAAAAAUUGACUAUGAACUCCUAUGUCUGUGUGGUAUGUUUGGUAUGCUUUUAACUUGGAGGCGCCUGUUUUCGUAUCUUACAUUUGUUAUUUGUGCUGGAUUUCUUAUAAAAACUAUAUGUAUCUUUGUUUUUGUGCA